CCCACCGCUGCGCACCCCCUUCAGGCGGCCGGCGGCGAGGCCAGACCGGAGAGUUCCCGCACCCGCGACCACCCCGCGGCUUCCUGGAGGCGGCGACCGCGAUUGCGAGGCCGAGUGGCAUCGGAGCCGAGUGAUGGACGAUCUGCAGUCUCAGAACCUCUCCAUGGACAUGACCGACUCCUCUCCUGCCCUGGCCAAUAACAGACUGGAGAAUGGCAUGGCCCAGCUGAUCACCACUGAGGCCUGGAACAUCAAUUCCACCGACCUGGUAAAGAAGGCCCUGGUGACCGUGCCGGCCCCAUCCAUCCUGAACCCCCCAGCCGAGUCCCAGAGUGGCAUGGCUCUGAAGGUGGCGGCCACCGUGCUGCAGCCCCUGUGCCUCGGGGAGAGCCCAGUGGUGAUGCCCAUUCACAUGCAGGUGGAGGGAAGCUCCGCACCCGAGCUCAACCCUAACGGCAAUGCCACCUACGUCAUGACCACGCAGGGCCCUGUGCAGCUGCCCGUGGUGCUGGAACAGCACGUCUUCCAGCACCUCAACUCCCCUCUGGUCCUGCCGCAGGAGGCCCCAUGCUCCUCCAGUGCCAUCCACAACAACCUCUUCCAGGGAGCCGAGGACCCCGAGGCCCAGCCCCAGCUCCUGGACCUGCGGAUCCCUAGCCAGCCUCAGGAGCCCACGUUGCCAUUUGAAGCUGUGCUCCAGAAUUUGUUUCCCUCCCAGGGUGCUCUCGGCCCCCCACCCUGUCAGCCUCCUCCUGGAUAUGCCCCUGUGCCCCCCCAGCCCUUUAACUCCCCCUUGUCCCCCCUGGUCCCGCCGGCCACCCUCUUGGUGCCCUACCCUGUGAUCGUCCCCUUGCCUGUUCCGGUUCCCAUUCCCAUCCCCAUCCCGGUGCCUCAGAGUUCUGAAUCCAAGUUCAGCCCCAGCUUCCCCAAGCCACCAUCAUCCUUUGGCCUGCACCCCUUUAAAGGCACCCAGACCCCUCUGGAGAAGGAGGAACUGAAGCCCUUCGACAUCCUCCAGCCAAGGGAGUACUUCCAGCUCAGCCGCCACACAGUCAUCAAGAUGGGGAGUGAGAACGAGGCCCUGGAUCUCUCCAUGAAGUCAGUACCCUGGCUCAAGACUGGCGAAGUCAGUCCCCCGAUCUGCCAGGAAGAUGCAGCCCUAGACCUGUCGCUGGCAGCCCACCGGAAAUCCGAGCCUCCCGCCGAGACACUUUAUGACAGCAGUGGGUCAGUGGACAGCCUGGGUCAUGCCGUGAUGGAGAAACUUGCCAGCGGCAUGGAAAUGCCCUUUGCCCCUGCCACGCCCCAUGAGGCCACGGCCAUGAUGGAUAGCCACAUCAGCAGCAGUGAUGCCGCCGAGCCGCUCAGCCAGGCCAGCCAGCCCAGCAGCGAGGUCAAGGCUGAAAAUAACAUUGAGAUUGUGAGCGAGUCCCAGGCGGCCAAGGUGAUCGUCUCGGUGGAAGACGCCGUGCCUACCAUCUUCUGUGGCAAGAUCAAAGGCCUCUCGGGCGUGUCCACCAAGAACUUCUCCUUCAAAAGAGAAGACUCCGUGCUUCAGGGCUAUGACAUCAACAGCCAAGGAGAAGAUGCCAUGGGAAACAUGGAGUCCCUUAGGAAACCUGUCAAACACCGGAGCAUAAAGUUAAAGAAAGUGACCUCCCAGGAAAUACACAUGCUCCCAAUCAAAAAACAACGGCUUGCCACCUUUUUUCCAAGAAAGUAAAUAAUGGCUUUUUAAAAUUUUUAUGAUUAUAAUAUGGGGAAAGGUGCAUUGGUUUUAUAAAAAGGCAUUUAAAACAAAUUAUCUUUGUUAAUUAUUUUGGGGAGUAGUUGGGAAGCGGGAAGGUGAAUUGGCUCUAAAGCCCUGUAAGCUAGUAUCAUUUUCUUUUUUAAUUUUUGACUUUUCACAAAUGAAUAAAUAAGAGCAACCUAUUUUUCAAGCAGAUUGCACAUUUUUUGCAGCUUUAAUGGAAUAUUGGGUGAAUCAGAGGGGUAAAAAAGCUAUUUUCAUUGCCACAAAGUGCUUUGAUGAUGUAAUACCUAAUAAAGGGUAGGAUGAAUAUUUCACAAUAAAUGUUUGU